UUCGCAGUAUCUGAAAACGAGCAAACACUUCACGUAGGAACUAUACACUCAUUUGUCAAUGAAGAAAGAACUGGUGCAGUCAUACGUAAUGCUAAGGAAGGCAAUAAAGAUUUUAUCAGUGAUUGCAAUCAUGUGGAUAGUAUCACUACUGACGAUAAUGAAGGAAUAUAAGGGGAACACAAAGAUGGUGCUAAUUGAACGAGAUAAUUCGUACGAGAAAGCUUUAGACAAAUUUAGGAGAAGUUACGAAAACGGAUCUACGGAUUUUAGAGUUUGGCAAAUCCUCCCGUUUGCGAAUACUGGUUUAACGGAUUACGAAAAGGAUAACAUUAUUAAGGGUUAUGAAUAUCCACCAGGAGGCGAUGGCAGACCAGUAGUUUUAGAAAACAAUCUCAGAUACUACAUCAGGCAAGAAAUACAUAAAGGUUGGAGAGAUCAUGCAUUUAAUAAAUUCGUCAGUGAUCUUAUACCAGUGAAUCGGACGCUUUUAGACCCAAGGGAUCCCUGGUGCAAAGAACAAAACUAUUCUACGGAUUUACCAAAAGUGACAGUCAUCAUCUGUUUCUACGACGAAGCCUGGUCUACGCUAAUAAGAACAGUAACUUCAGUUUUAAAUAGAAGUCCACCAGAACUGCUGGAUCAAAUUAUACUGGUCGAUGAUCACUCAACAAUGGCACAUCUCAAGAAACAAUUAGAUGAUUACGUGCGUAUCACUCCUAAAGUGACUUUACUCCGAGCAACAUCACGCGAGGGGAUUGUAAGGGCGAGACUGAUGCCAAUGAAAUACGUCAAAACGCCUGUUGUUUUCUAUCUAGAUAGCCAUUGUGAAUGUGCUCAAGGAUGGCUUGAACCGUUACUGGAGCGCAUCAAAAAUAACCCAAAUGCUGUAGUCAGUCCGGUGCUUGACCACAUUCAUGAAACUACUUUCGAAUACAUCGCUCAAGAAACCGACGACCUUCGACUUGGUGGAUUCAAUUGGGAUCUAAGGUUUUCUUGGAUAGGUAUACCUCAAGAAGAAUUAGACAAAAGAAAAAACCCAGCCGCUCCUAUAGCCACACCAACUAUCUCUGGCGGUCUUUUCGCCAUAAACAAAGAUUUCUUUGAAAAACUUGGUUACUAUGAUGAGGAGUUUGAAAUUUGGGGUGCAGAGAAUUUGGAGCUGUCGUUCAAAACUUGGAUGUGUGGUGGAAAAUUGGAGAUAGUGCCUUGCUCGCACGUCGGCCACCUUUUUAGAAAGAGGAUACCGUAUGAGCAGACGAAGAAGUCGUUAAAGAAGAACUUUGUUAGGUUGGCAGAGGUUUGGCUAGAUGACUACGCAAAAUAUUAUUACGAACGAAUUGGAAAUGACAAAGGCGAAUACGGCAACCUGUCUUCAAGAUUUGAACUGCGCAAGAAAUUAAAAUGCAAACCCUUCAAAUGGUAUAUAGACAAUGUGUACCCUCAGAUAGAAAUGCCUGAUAAAUACGUAGCUAGCGGACAAAUUUACAGUGCAGGAAAUUCAGGUCUGUGUUUAGAUGCCUGUAUCUCUCUAGAGCAUUAUCAAGAACCAGUUAAAAUACUGCCCUGUCAUUUUGAAGGCGGUAAUCAGUUUUGGACAUACACAAGUCCUGGCGAAAUACGACGGGACCAUUUAUGUCUUGACUAUUUAUUUAAUACAAUAACUUUAUUCUUCUGCCGCAAUGCUGCCACACAAAUCUGGCUGUAUAACGAAAAGAGCCAAGUCAUAAGACAUAUGGCAACGGAACAGUGCUUGAACAUAGGUCAGUUUCCUGAAGGAUUGAGUUUAGUUCUAACACAAUGUUCGGCGUCUGUUACACAAAGAUGGGUCAUAGAACAUUUUAAAUACGAAAAGUUAGCCCCACAAGUACAAAUUGGACUGUCCGAAUGGGAAAAAUUGACGAAUCUGUAGAAAAAAUAAUAAUAUACAAAGAAAAUUAACCCUCUUUUAACUACUUUGAUUUCACAAAAUUGAGAGAAUUUGAAUUUGGAUUUAAAACAUUAUCUUCUUUAAUUCUAAUACGCAAAAGCAGAGUAAAAAAAUUAAAGUUAUCAUUUUUUU